GCGCGCGGUUUCCUGUCGGAGCCUUCCGUAAAAGAAAUGUUUGUGUUCGAUAUGAUUCAGAUUUCAACACCUUUCUUUGUGGAAUAUUUGCAUAACUAACCCGUACCUAAGUGUAUAGACCACACACAUCAUUGGUCUCACAACUCAGGUCUUGUUCUGACUUUGAGGACAACCUGUCAACAUGUCCAAGAGUUCUUCACAUGUUAAGCUGACGUACCCUCCAGGGUGCAAGGAGUUAGCUGAGGAUGUUGGAAAAGAUGAAUUAAUCCGUCGCUUGAAGGUGCUGGCUCGGGCCUUUCAAGACCUUGGUCAAGAUGACAAUGACAGUUAUGCCCCCUUGGCAUUACAUUUGGCAACAGACACCUAUAUGGAGCACAAUAAUAAAGAUGUCAGACUCCUCACAGCUUGCUGCAUUGCAGAUGUGUUCCGCAUUUUUGCACCAGAAGCCCCCUACAAGGAGGUUGAUCUCUUGAAGGAAAUCUUCAUGUUCUUCAUAAUGCAGCUUAGAGGUCUUGAAGAUCCUGAAGCGCCGUCCUUCAAGCGUUACUUCUAUUUGCUUGAGAAUUUGUCGUGGGUCAAGUCUUUCAACAUCUGCAUUGAACUUGAUGAAAAUCAGGAAAUAUUUGUGGCUUUGUUCAAACUGUUUUUCUCAAUCAUCAAUGAAAAACACACCAGUAAAGUGAAGACCUUCAUGCUGGAUAUCAUGGCCCCAUUGAUAUCCGAGGCCGACACCGUGUCCCCAGAUCUCUUGGAGGCCAUUCUUGUGAACAUGGUGGAGCCAAACAAGACCCAGAAGAAAAUGUCAUAUGCAAUGGCUAAAGAUUUGAUCAAGAAGACUGCAACAACGAUUGAACCUUACAUUCAAGCUUUCUUCAACAACAUGCUGAUGCUGGGAAAGCAAGCAGACAACGAUGUGUCCAAUCACAUGUAUGAACUGAUCUAUGAGUUGAAUCAAGUGUCCCCCAGUAUUCUGUUGGCCGUCAUCCCCCAGCUGGAGUUCAAGCUGAAGAGCAAUGAUGAAAGUGAGCGUAAGAGUGUGACUAAGCUCCUGGCAAAAAUGUUUUCCGAGAAGGACUCUGAAUUGGCUGCGCAGAAUAAAGCUUUGUGGAUAUGUUUCCUUGGCCGAUACAAUGACAUUUGUGUGUCUAUUCGACUUGCCUGUAUCCAGCAAACGCAGCACUUCAUUCUCAACCAUCCUGAACUGGUGAAGGACAUUUUAGGCUGUUAGUGGAACGUAUGCUGAACAUUCACCUGGUACCCUAUCAGAAACCUGUGAAUGAGAGGAUGAUCAAACUCCUGCACUUGUAUGCCACCUUAGAUGAACAUGCUGUCAAGGCUUUCUCUGAGAUGCUGAAGCACAGAAACAACGUGCGUCAGAUUGUGGCCCAGCUCAUUGAUGCUCACGACAGGGCUAAUGAACAGAAUCCCCCGCCCAUCAUGCCCAAACUGAUACAGCUUGCACGCACUUUUCCAGAACAUUUGAAACCUAAUGAGUAUUUGAAGAAACUCAACUUGAUUCUGAAAGAUGACUCCCGUCUGCGACUUUUGAUGAAGACACUGGUUGGUCCAUCCUGCACUUGCAAGAAAGCUGAAGAGAUUGUUAAAGAAAUUCUGAAGAAGAUUGGCUGCACUUCGGGUACUCCAAACUUGCUGUACCAGUUGGUGAAGACACUGCUGGAGCGUGUGGCCCCCGUAAUGGUGGAUGCUCUGGCCAUUGACCACCUGGUGCUCUCUGUCUCGGAGCUGGUGGCCGGGGUGGAGGAAGAGCUGACCCGCAAAGUGGACACUGCCGACCAGAAGGGGGUCAAACUCUUGUUGACAUUGGCUUACUACUUCCCCCAUUAUUUCAAGUCAGUGGAAAUCUUUGAAAACUUCCUGACGUUUGUGAAGAACGAUGAUGAUGUUGUCAGUGACCUGGCCUUGCAGAUUAUCACCCACACAGGCUCACACCUGCACAUGGAGCACCCAGAAGUUUACUCGUCUCUGGUUCCCAUCUUGAUAAACCUGGCAAAGUUUGGCUCACCUAAGCAGGCCAAGCAUGCUCUGAGAUGUAUCAACACAAUCUGCAUCAACAAAGAACAGGCUGUGGCCACUAUCUUUGAGCAAAUCCAAGGUGCGCUGAAUCCGGACAAUGCCAACUACCUGACUGCCAUCGUUUCCCUCGGCCACAUUGCCCAGCUCUUCCCCAAGCCCUUCAGCUCUGAACUCAAAGGCAUUGUUUCCAAAGUCAUUGUCAAAGAUCUACUCAUGAAGGACAGGACCAAAGGUGUGACCACAGAGGAACCUUGGUGUGCUGACCAUCAGGUGUCGGAGGAGACUCAGGCAAAGAUUCAAGCGAUGAAGCUGUUGGUGCGGUGGCUGCUGGGCCUCAAGUCCAACACGAGCAACUCCGGCACCUCAACGCUUCGCCUUCUAUACACUGUUAUCAUACACGAUGGUGACCUCAUGGAAAACGGGAUGACCAAUAAACCAGAGCUGGCCAGAUUACGCCUCCAGGCUGGUUGCUGUAUGCUCAAACUGGCAGAAGAACAUUGCUACGCUGAGAUUAUCACAAAGGAACAGUUCCAAGCUCUGGCACUUAUGCUGAAUGAUGUGUGCUACCAUGUGCGUCUGAGGUUUGCCAACCGCCUGCAGAAGGGCCUGAUCAGCCUGAAGCUCCCGCUGGAGUACAUGUCCAUCCUGUGCCUGGGAGCCAACGACCCGCUGAAGGAACGACGGGUGCAGCUCAAGCAGUUCCUCACCAUGAACAUCAACAAGAGACGAGACUACCUCAAGCAAAACCCCAGUGCCAGAGGCCGCAUGUUUUACCUUCUGCCUGACUACGUGAUCCCAUACACCAUCCAUUUGCUGGCCCACGACCCAGACUUCAAGUCCUACGAGGACGUGGACAGCCUCAAGAGUCUCAAAGAGUGCCUGUGGUUCCUGUUAGAGCCACUCACCCACAAACAUGAAGACUACAACUAUGCAUUCCUAAGGCGCAUGAUUGAGAACAUCAAACAGACCAAAGAUGCUCAGUGCCCGGAUGAUGAAUCUGCCAAUAAGAAAAUGUAUGCUGUUUGUGAUAUCACCCUGGGUCUGAUGCAUGCCAAGGCUGGGUCCAUUACCUUGAAGGAGAUUACACAAGAGCCCGUGCUGCCCAGCAAGAUGUUCACAAGCCCUGAUAAAAAUUAUUCCAAUUUGCAAAGUUACCUACCAAAAGACUUUCCAUUUGAAGCAAAGAGACGGGCGGCCGGCCUGGGCAAUUAUGCUGGAGGUGAUUACAAGAAAGGUUCUAGCAGCAAUGCAAUGGCCACACCCACCACCACAGAGAUAGUUGUCCUGAGCCAUGCGCCUGUAGUGAACCCCCUGCCCCGCACACCCGCCAGCCUCAGGCAGGCUCCGGUCCGCAAAAAGAAGACUGAAGCGGAGAAAAAGUCAAUAGGAGAGGACUUUGACUCAGAUUCCCAGUCCCCUCGACAAUCAGACACAGAGGACAGUUCAAAACCAGCCAAGCAAGGGCGGGGUAAGAAGAGCCAGCCUGCAGCGAAGGUCGCCUCGGCAGCGGGAACCCGACCAGCCAGAGCGAGGAGGGUGAAGAAAGAAGUGGAGUAUGAGGAGGAUGACGACGAGGAUGAUGAAGAAGAAAUGCUGGAGAGUCCCCCGCCCAAACCUGUGGUGAUGAAGCCUGGGACAAAGCAGACAAAAAUGGACGACUUUGGCAGCGGAAAAGGGAAAGCCAAUGCAAAGGCCGCAAAAGCAGCAGUUAACGGUGCCUCAGCCAAGGCUAAUGCCAAGGGGAAGUCUUCACAACCCGCCCCCGAGGCAAAAGCCGUGGUGAAAAGAGCUGCCUCUCCAGCCACACCACACAAAGCCUUGGUGACUCCACCACGAACAAAGAAAAGGGCAGCAGAAAGUGAUGACUCCGCCUCUUCGGAUAAAAAAGGGGAUAGUUACCCAAGUCCAGCAGUUGUACGCAGAUUGAAACCGCCCACGUUGAGAGAGGAUUUUUCUCAAAGACACAGCCAACCCUAUCCCCGCAGGUCCACACGCCCCAGUCAAGAUGCCGCCAGUGCUCACAAGAGAUCUCCUCCGUCGUCCCCGUCUUCUGCAGCUGCUUCCCCGAGCCAGGCAAAACGGCCACGGAUCGCGCGAGGUGUGAUGUCCUCCAGUGAAUCUGGCUCAGAGAGGUCGCGGUCUCCCCCUGCUCAACCAGCGCCCACCAAGAGAGGACCAGUGGCCAGACCAGAACCCCUCAAGUCCAAUGUGCGCAAUGUGCGCCGGGGACGGCUUGCAAAUGGUACAUCAGAUGGGGAGGACAGCCUGGAGACGGAAACCUCCCAGUCAUCAGCAGCCUCUACCAAAGUCCUGGCACGGUCACAGACAGAAGAUGAGGAGGACAAUAUUACAAGAAAAGUGCGACAGAGGAGGAAGUGAUCUUUUACCAUUUAUUGUCAAUUCGUCUGUUGUGUAUUGCGGUUUAAAAAAGAAUGUUUGCCAACCCUCAUUCUCUCUCUUUGUUUCUACGGUUACAUGUCUUUUUAAAUUUUUUUUUUAAAGUCAAAUUUGUAUACCAGUAUAUUUGGAGGAAUUUGUUUAUUUUUUUGCAACAUUGAUGAUGCUUGAUAACAAUGUCAUGAAAAUGAAUUGAAGAAGUUCUGUCUUGUCUUCUUUCUACAACAAGAGGAAUACUUUUGUAAUUACCCCGAAUUGUUUCUCUUAGCUAAAGGGAUGGCUGCAGCAUUGAAGUAGAUAGAUAGAACCAACAUAAAUACCACCUUCGCUCGAGUAACCAGUAGUGUAUGUUGUCCCACUCAUUCCACUGUUGUGCAAGUCUUGAGGUGGGGGGUCCACUGAAAAUAGUUGCAAGCUACUUGAACCUGUUGUUUAUUUUUUUAAUUUGAGCUUAAAUAAUUCCAAGGUACGAAGUUUUCAAAAUUAUGAUGACAAAAAAGACAAAUUAAUCCGGCAUCAAACUUUUAAUGAAGUUAUCCCCCCCCCCCCCGAUUUCCUAAGGAAUAACUCUGACGAAUGUGCAUUGAGUGUGAUGAUUAUGUGACCUCUGAAAACUUUACGAUGUAAGCCAUAACUGACAUGAUUAACCCGAGACAGUACUGUUUGAUGUGAGGAGUGAGUUCAUCGAUUCACAAACAUCUUUCUUUCUCGAAACAGUGGAACCCAGCUCAGGAUGUUCACUGAACUGGUUGUUCCUUUGCUUGUUUGAGGGAGGGGUAAGAGUAUAUCAUGUAUGUGUGUGUGUGUAAGGAAGAUGAACUCUGAUUGUUUGUAGUCUGUUCUGUGAAAAUUGUGCGAAUGUUAUUGUACAUAAUAUGGAUGAUUUUUGUAAUGGAUAUGGUGAAAGUUUGUCAUCAUUGUUUGAUAGUUUCAUCUUUUACAUUUCAUAUGCCACCUUAUAAGUAGCUCGCUUUCAUUUCACCCACACCCGUUCAUCGAGCCAUUUUGUUGUGGUGAUCAUUUUGAAUAAACCUAUAUAUUACAACAG